AUGGGAUUAUGUAGGCAAGGCCUUUUCUAUCAAGGUCGUCAGUUAUGUGCUAAGGGUGUACAAGAUACGUUUCCAGGGUAGUUGUAGACCGGCGUGCUACUUGUACCUGAUGUUUUUCCAGGUGUCCUUCCAGGUGGUGUCCUACGACCCCCGGCUUUUUUCUCAAAAAAUCUCAGCCCAGCAGAGGCCCGCUACAGUGUUUUCGGACGAGAACUCCUCGCCGUCUAUCUAGCCAUUCCGCAUUUUCGACACUUUCUCGAUGGUCGCGAAUUCGUCGUACUUACAGACCAGAAGCCUCUCGUUGGUGCUCUAAGGGUUUCUCCCGAUCGAUACUCACCCUGUGAGAUUCGUCAUCUCGACUUCAUCUCACAGUUUUCCUGCGACAUUCAACAUAUCCACAGUAAGGAAAACGUGGUUGCUGAUGCUCUUUCCAGAAUUCAGGUGAACUCUGUCACGUCAUAUACCAUCGAUUUCACGCCCAUGGUGACGCUCAACGCACCGAUGAUGAUCUCUCUCACUGUCGCUAUACGGACUCUUCUCAUAUUCUCCGAGAUGUCCCUCUUCCACUCAAGCUGGUACCAUCACUUGUGACAUUUCUACUGGCCACGACUGUCCCUUUGUCCCAGCCGCUAUGUGCCGACAAGUCUUCGAUAGCCUUCAUGGCCUAUUCCACCCAGGAGUCCGGGCGACAGUGAAACUUAUCACUGACCGAUUUCACUGGCCCCAAAUUAACCGGGAUGUCCGGCGUUGGGUCCGGUCCUGUUCACCCUGUCAGCGCGCCAAAAUUCAUCGUCAUACUGUUACCUCGCCAGGUACAUUCACCACUCCUGAUGCCCGUUCCAGCCACGUUGAUGUCCAUCUAUGGAUUUCUAUCAUGACCUUUUUGCAAGUGAUCAUGCAUUAAUCUAUUGUCGCCUUCCAGUUACCAUUUCCGCAAAGCCAAUAGUACAACGUAGUAUUUUGACUUUGUUAAUGUUAACAAGGAAUUAGUAAAUAACUUGACAUGCACUCUUGAUUGGUGCAACAUUUUUUCAAAUAAUGAUCUAAAUUUUUUCAACAAUUUAUUUCAAUGCGUAACAGAAGGUCUUCUUAACCUUAUUCCUCGGAAGAUGUUCAAAUCGAGUGAUAAUUCCACCGCUAUCCCACACUUUCUUAAAGACAGACUUAAAAAGUUACGGAAGCAGUUUAAAGAUCCUUCUGUGAGCUCAUUAUCAGAUCAUCUAAGAAUCGUUGAAAUGUUUGAACAAGCUUCGAAAAUGAGGCUCGCGCGAGAUAGACGUAGAGAGUCUUCAGCUAUUAAUGACAUUAAUGCUUCCAAAUCAGUUGCUCAGCACUUCCGUCAAAGAUCAUCUGCUAAGUCCAACCAAGUCAUUCCGCCAUUGCUUAGUACUAGCGAUGCCUUCAUUACAGAGGAGUCUGGCAAAGCAGAAAUUUUAAAUUCAUUCUUUGCCAAACAUUUCGCCAUUGAAACUGACCCAAUCCUUUUAAUUCCUCCGUUGUCUGCUGCUUCUAUUAGCAUCAUUAAUUUUUCGCCUGAAUGUAUUCAAAAACUGAUAAGCCAUCUUCCUAACUCUCACUCAGUAUGUACGGACAAUAUCCCAAACUCUUUUAUAAAACAGCUAAGAGAUUUUCCUCCUCUGCUUGGCAAAAUCUUUUCAGUAUUUCUCGUAAAUGGCUUCUUCCCUGACUAUGGAAAACUUCUAUUAUUAUUCGUGUAUUUAAGUCCGACUGUCGUUCUGACUUACAGAACUAUCGAGGUGUCCAUAAAACACCCUCUUUCGCCAAAAUCUUCGAAAAAAUUAUCGCCGUAAAAAUUACCGAAUUUUGCAUAGUCAAUCAAGUUAUUAGCCCUUCCCAGCAUGGUUUUUUACCAGAUCGCUCUUGUGAAACAUGUCAGCUGUCGUUUCUCAAUCUACUUACCUCUCUCCGAAAUGACCAUCUAUCUGUUGUCGUUAUUUAUUUUGAUCUUAGUAAAGCCUUUGAUAAUGUGCCACAUAGAGGACUCUUGGUUAAAUUAGAAGUUAUGGGAAUUAGCAGUCCACUAAUAGACUUUCUCAGGUCAAACCUGUCUAAUCGUAAACAAAAGGUUUCGGUAGGAUCUUCACUUUCCAGUGAAAGUCCUAUUGUAUGUGGUGUCCUACAAGGCACCGUUUAAGGUCCUUUUUGUUCGUGAUUUAAAUAAAUGAUAUCUAGGCGGCAGUUAAACAUUCUCAAUCAUUUAUUUAUGCCGAUGAUUUAAUAUGUGUAUAUUCUUUCAAUAAAUCUACGAGCCUUCAUUGCCUGGAGCAAAUCCAUGCUGACUUGCUUGCUUUCUCAGCUUGGAGCUCAAAAUGGCUAAUGGACUUCUCUCCGUCUAAAUGUCGCUAUAUGUGUUUUGGACCAGAUAGGCUAGCACAACCAGUGGUCUUUCAAGAAACACUUAUGACUGAAUGUACCACCAUCAAGGAUUUAGGUUUAAGCUACAGUAGUAAGCUUGAUCUCUCUCCACACGCUGACAGAAUUACAGCCAAAGCUGCCCAGAUUUUUGGCUUUACUUGUUACAAUUUCUAUCUUCCUGAAAUUAAAUUAAGGCACUACCGUAUGUUUGCACUUCCCAUUCUCGAAUAUUGUUGCCCAUUCUUUGGUUUGAUGAAUGAAACUAGUCGUUUAAAAGUUGAAAAUGUUCAAAGAAGUUUUUCUAGAAAAAUUUUAAACAAGGAACAUCCCAAUAUGUCCUACUCAGAUAGAUGCCAGCUAAUGAACCUAAAAUUUUUAUGGGUUCGAAGACUAGAAGCAGACCUCUGUCUCCUCUUUCUCAUUAAUAAUAGUUCAAAUCUUCCUCGGAUUUCAGCACUCACCCCUAGUAGUCGCCCGUACAAUCUUCGCAACUCGUCCUUGAUUAUACCUCCUCCAGCGUCCUCCGCCUCCAAGCGCUCCCUUUUUUCGCUUCCAGAUAUACUUUCCUCUGGAAUAACCUUCCAAUAA